GUGGACUCUCCUGACCUACAGGUUGUUUCGAGUGGGCUAAAGGAGAAACGUCUUCAGGUAUCAGAGGUUGAGUGGCAUAUGCGGUGGACCGGGUCAGCGGGAAUGGGCCGAGAAAAGAAAUCCGUGCCUGAUCGCGUUCUCGGAGAGUGACAGCCGAGUGAGAGUUGUUUGGGCCAUGGCCAGCUGCUGGCAGACCUGUCGUCGCUCCUGUGUGUGCUGCCUUUCUGAAGAUGAGAAGAGGAGCAUCGCAGUGGACAAAGAGAUCCAGAGGAUCCUCAAGCACCAGAAGAAGAAGGAGCGGCGGGAAAUCAAAAUUCUUCUUCUAGGAACUGGUGAAAGUGGGAAAACAACCUUCAUCCGGCAGAUGAGGAUCAUUCACGGACGAGGCUUCUCAGAAGAGGAAAGGAGAGCAUUUGCAAAAUGCAUUUUCCAGAACAUUCUCACUGCCAUGAACGCCAUGACGACAGCCAUGAGCACGCUCAGAAUACCGUACACCAACCCUCAGAAUGAGGGUUUUGCCAAGUUGCUGCAGCAGGUGAAUACAGUCCAGGUGACACAACUGGACCAACGCUAUAUUGAUGCCAUCCGCCGCCUCUGGGCAGACCCUGGAAUAAGGAUCUGCUAUAGCCGCCGCUGCGAGUACCAACUCCUGGAUUCCACCGAAUACUACAUGAACAAUCUGGACCGCAUCUCCACCCAGGAUUACAUCCCCACAGAGCAGGAUGUGUUGCGGGUUCGCUUCCCAACGACAGGCAUCCAUGACUACUCCUUCAACAUCAAGACCAUCACUCUGAGGAUAGUAGACGUUGGUGGUCAAAAGUCAGAACGCCGGAAAUGGAUUCACUGUUUUGAGAACGUCACCUCGCUUAUUUUCCUGGCUUCACUCAGUGAAUACGACCAAGUCCUGGAGGAGCGAGAGACGAUUAACCGAAUGCAGGAGAGUCUGGCUCUGUUCUACACCACCAUCCACUCCCGCUACUUCCUCAACACCUCCAUCAUCCUCUUCCUCAACAAGACUGACAUCCUGGCAGACAAAAUACAAACCUCUGAUCUGCAAAAAUAUUUCCCCAAUUUUUCAGGCAGGAAACAAGAUGCAGAGGAUGCUAAAAGCUACAUCCGCAAAAUGUACGAGAUGCAGGCUAACAACUUGGACAAAAGGGACGAGUGGAAGACGCUUUACCCACACUUCACUUGUGCCACGGACACCAAGAACAUCCGCAGAGUCUUCGAAGAUGUGAAGGACACAGUGCUGCUCAAGUCUCUCAGGGACUACGGAGUCAUUUGAAAUUUUCCAAGAUCUUCAAAGUGAUUGAAGACUCCACAAGACGCUGUCUUAUCUUCAACAUAAGAGUUACUUCCAGAGCUCGGUCUAAUCAGACCAUCUCAACGCUAAGACGGCUCCUUGUGAACAAGAGCUUUUACUUUUUGAGGUUUCACUGCUGCGACUCUUGUCCAGCAGCAGACAAAAGGAAUGACUCGAUGCCAGGUCGUGACUUCGAAUAUGAAUUUGAUUGAUUUUUGAAAUGCUUUUUUCUUUUCUUCCUCCAAGACGAAGCGUUUGGGACAUGCAGCGCUAUAAUGGAUCUAAAAUUGAAGCAGGAGCAGAGAUGAUAUGAAGUACACGUGGCUAUUAACUGAGUAAUGACUUUCACAAGUGAAGACGACAGAGUAGAUACCGCCCACGCUUCAUCUGAGCCCUCGUGUUGCCUUUAGAAUCUGUCUAUUAGCGCCUUUAAUUGCUGUUAAUACUUUUACGAUUGAUUAUUUGACACAUAACUGGAGGCUGGACAAACACAGUUUGCACUAUUUUACUAAAAGAUUGUAUUAAACAACCAAAUUAAACUCACAAUUACAGAGGCCACAGAAGGAAAAGGUUUAUCAUAAUCUGCUGAUUAAAGAAUACAUUAAAAAGUGUCAAAAUAUAUGAGAUUAUGAGGUUGAACAGAAUGUUAUUUAAACUAUUAAAUAUAAUAAUAUGAAAUAUAAUGUGUGUGACACUGGUGAAAUUUAAGAGGCUUAUAUGUAUAGAAGAAACCAAAGACAUUUUAUCGGUACUGUGAGGGUGACAAUAUGCAACGAAAUAUGUUUAAGAUCCUCAUAAACACAUUUUGAAAGAUUUAAAAGAAUUUAAAUGUUUGUGCAAAAUAUAUUCCAACUAUACUGAGUAUGUACAUUGUCUCAUACCUCUUGAUGAAAACAAAUAAAUAAACAUUAACAGAUAGGAAACACUGGCUUUAAUGGGAAAGUAUGAGGUUGAUAUUUAUUCUUCUAUCUUUAUUACUUUAAUGUUCAUAGAGACAAAGUAUCCCAACAACGCUGUGUGAUGUUGCUUUUAUUGCUCUGGCGAUCACAGGCGCGAGACUUUAUCGUGACCCGGGGCUAUAGGCAGCUGCUGCAGUCCAAAUGAUGCAAAAAAGAUCGAGUGUUCACUGACACACUUCGAUAUGAACAAAAAGUGCUGAGAACUGCUUCCUUCAGGAAUUGAUUGGAGAUAAACAAAAGUGCCGAAUCCCUUUUUGACGUUCAUUAAAAGCAAAUAUUACAUUGCCAAAGGAUGGAGAUGAGAGUUGUCAUAGAUUUGAGUGAAGGUCGCAGAUUGACGACUUUUAAUUUAUUGUGAAUGUGUUUCUUCAGCUGCUGUCGUGUUGUGUGUUUCUGUUUUGCUUCUUUUUGGUCAUUUACUCAUUGUAGUGCCUCCACUGAAGACUUCUUUGCAUUUUGAGACUUAUUUUCUAUCUUGUUGUUUACUACCAGAGCUUUAAACUGUGAUGAUGGGGUUUGUAAGUCUCGCUGAUUCUCUGGUGACAUGUUUUCGGUGGAGGAAGAGGUCUGUAUUGUCUUAGUGACUGUUCAAAGGGACGCACAAGUUGACUUUUUCUGUCAAAUAAAGUGUCACUUUUCAAUAUAAACCCUGAUCAUGACCCUGAUCCCCAUAGAUAACAGAGAUACCAGAAACUUGGGUUGUUGUAAAAAACAUUCUGGUGUUAGAGAAGUGGUCUAUCUAUGUUUGCUUAUGUCCGUGACAGAAGAGAAGUUAUCAUCAUCUACUGUAGGAUGUAUAGCACCGGCUGACUGAAACAUCACUGCUUUGUGUGCUUUUUAGUACAACAUACAGCACAUUUGAGGAAGAAACGCUCUAUUGUGAAUUUGAAUUGACAGUAUGGAGCCAUGAAAUAUGAUGAAAGUUACUCAUUCAAAGUGUUACUUUAUGGUGAAAUGAAAGAGGAUUGUGUUUAGUCCAGUGUUUUGAACCAGUCUUGAAGUGCCUAUGAACUCAGCAGCAGCGUAAAGCUCUUCUGAAUCAAAGCUGUAAUGACUAUAUUGUGAGCUGCCAUAGUGAUAUGGGAUUCUGAGCCGCAGUGCCAUUACAGUGGGGUGAUCAAUGCCUGCAGACACCACAGGUGCCAACCUUCCUGAAGGUUUUCACCUUCAGUUGCCAUAAUGGAUUUGACGUACAGCUAAAUUGUAAAGGAAGGUUCUCUGUUAUUGUCACAGCAACAAGGUCUCCUUUGAUGUCUCCAGGGUCGGGGAGUAAGUCGAUAAAGACAUUCUGUUGGAAGCUCCAGCCUGGUGGUUCUUGGAAGCAGAAAUGAGGAUGGUGGGACUGGAGCAUUCUGGUCAUUGUUUGAGGCAGGGAAAUGUGGAAGCGAGCGAAAAUGCAAGUCAGCACUAAGUUGACUCAAUAACUUAUUUGUCAGUUGAAGAUAGUAGAAUUCUACCAUGUUGUUGUGAUGGUGUCACCAAUAUGGUCA